AUGUCCGACGUAACUCCCGGGAGUGCAGGUCGGAUUAUUGACGACAUACGACUUAGCAAUGGCGGUAUAUCGGAUGAAGACCGUGCGGCAACCCCUGCCGGCGUUUUGCGAGCUCUGGGCAACGUGCGAGAGGACUUGUUCAGCAAGAUUGCUCCUAUCGUGGACCCUCUCAAAAGAUUGAACCUGAUCGUAAACCUGAUAUCGAGAACGAGCCUCCUCACAUAUGACAGAGCGGAAGCUAGGGGAGAAACCCCCUUUUUAGAGUUCACUCUGGAGAAAGACUGCCUUAUGAUUGACUCAAACGAUAAUGGAUAUUGUGCUGAGGACAUAUGGGAACUUUGCAGGAGUUUCAAGGCGAGACGCGUGCUCUUCGAUAAAGAACAGAUUCUUUCAGCUUUCAAAAUCGGAACCAAAGUACAUAUUCGGUCAGGGCAGUUUUCUUUUUCUUUUCAACACACGCAGGGGAACAACAGGAUGGACAAGUUCACCCCCAACCGCGAAAAGCCUGAGUCACUCCCACCUACUGUGUAUUCCCGAAUUACGAUAUCUUGCCUCUACCCAGGGCAAUUCGAAAGACUGGCCAAUUGCUUCCGUGGUAUACGAACUGAUGGACUGCUGCUGUUCAAUUCUAAGUGUACUUUGUUGCACUUCACAUUCGCGCCACCGCACGCAAACCCUGCCCAGGUACAAUACCAGAUUAUGAGACAGAAAAACAAAAUGACCUUGACCAGAACUUCGGAAGCUGUUCCAUCCGAACAUGUUCUAUUGAGGCAGAGCUACCAUGUGUUUUCAAGGGAAGUUAAUAAAUCAUCAGGUGGUCUUUUUGGUCAGAGAUGCGAUAAUACAAUUUAUCUGGCUUUUCCUGUCGACCAGGAGUCAAAAGUCUUGCUUGGUCCUGGGGGUUAUUUAAUUGACGAAGUGAAUUGCGUCCUUCUUCCAAGCAACAACCAGUUUAAUUUUAUUUUGUGCGUGAAAAGUCAGCAUGUCAAUGUCCAGCAAGCCCCUGAUGUUUUAGCCGAAUCAAUCUCUAUUUUCAUUUGCGAAAGGAUGGCUUUUCUUUCGUCCCUGGAGCCAAUGGAAUAUGAAUGGGUUCAAUACAUUCCCAAGGCUGACAUCGUGAACAAAAAGUGGAAAGCAAUGCUGAAUCAUUUCUACAGCCGCCUCAAAGAAUGCAAGGUCUUUAAAUCAGAGAGUGGGAAAAACAUGCACAUAUCAUCCCUUCGCUACCUUGAACCGGAACACUGCGAUCUGCACGGGAAGCCGCUCUUCCCAGAUCUCGACCAGGAAAUCUAUCUCUCAACCAGAUACAACCCAUACCUGGAGUUUUUGAAGCCUCUCGGGCUGCGAAGAAUAUCAAAUGAGGAGUUGUUCGAUCGGAUAAAGGCAUAUUACAGACCAGAGACCCGGACUUUCAAUCCCUCUCGACAUGAUUGGAGCGCACGAGUUGCCCGACUUCUCACGUCAUGGUUAGCAGAUGAUAAUAGGAGUACAUUGGCAACUGGAAUAAAGGAGCUCAAAUUUCUCUUCUCGCUUGAUGGCCCUGUACUUCGAGGUGCUGAGUGCGUCGUCAACCCGCAGUCAGCUGAAAGCUUCCAAAGGCGCGAUGUGUGGCUUGCCUUUGACACUAAUGGAAAUUCCGUUCCUGCACUCCCUAACAUUUGUCGGAUCUACGAUGACUGUCCCCGGGACUCUGAAUCUACGAGGCUAUACAACCUUCUUGGUAUCCAUUAUCCUCACCCCGAACAAGUGAUGGACAAAAUCAAAGCCUGGAACCAUUCUUCUGGAUUCAACAUAUCAGUUCUGCAAUCGCGAGAUGUACUCCACUAUAUACACGUCAAUACAGCUGGUGAUGCUGGAAGCAAGGCUCCCUGUCUGCCCAUGGUUGAUGAGCGAAAUAAAACGGUAUUAACACGAGGCAAAAUGACCCAAUGCGAUUGCUACUUGUGGACGGAUGUAUACUUCCCAUCAGAUCAAGCUUACGGGAUAAAUGAAAUUGCAAAGAAGUUGAGCGGGUUAGAUUUCGCCCUAAGGAUCCAUGUCUUGAACGCCGAUUUGCUUCAUACAUCACAAAUUUGGGGACGUGAUAAGGCUAUCUCAUCUCCUGAAUGGGUUUCAUGGCUGGAGAAUGUGGCAUUAGUGCGUCGCGUGCCCAGGUUACAAAACAGACAGGACCCGAAUCGCCUAUCCGAGAUUUUUGAGUCAAUCAUCAAGUAUUACCCGGGAAUGUUCCUAGACGUGCUACGAUCUCAUUGGGCUACAUACAAAAGCGAGUUAGUACCAGGGCUUGUUUCCACGAUCAAGGCAACGCCAGUUCCCACAUUGGAUGGAGAAAGAUUGAUCUCCGAGUGCUACAUGCUAACUCCUGAAUUACGCGCGAUCGCGUUAAAAAUACAUCGAACCACAAUGCACUUACCAUUCUUGCUAUUGAGUGAAGGAUUUGCUGAACAGGUUCAAAGUCGAUGGGGUUUCCUGUCAGUUUUUGACGUGGUGAUGGAACCAACCCCAAAAUUCUUUGUGGGUAUCUAUAACCAGAUUGUAAGGAAGACCCCAUUGAACGAUGCCGCAUCAGAAUUUCAAGCCCUUUACAGUAUACUUUCAGAGAGGCCUGUGCAUGACAGAUUGUCUUUUUUCAAAGCAACAAAUGCCAUUUACGUCCCCCAUGAAAAGGGGGAUGCGAAGCUAGUGCCCAUUCAAGACUGUCUCUGGGAUGGCCCAUGUUGGUUGCAAGCCUCAUACGUACUGUCAUUUGUCAAGGAAUACUCCGAGAGCCCACAGAUGAAGACUAUGCUCACGGGAAUGCUCAAUACCACUGAGGCGCGUUUGGAGACGUAUAUAAAAGAGUUACUAUAUCAGCAGGGCCUUGGAACGGCCAGCCUUCCCCAGAUAGGGCGGAUUUAUGCGCGCCUCAGUGAAGGCAUCAUGGGUGAAGCUGAUCUAACUUCUAUGCGGGUUUUGUUCAAGAAGCACAAGCUUGUAUACGACCCGAAUAGCCUUAAGUGGCAUACCCCUCAAGAAUGUGUUUGGGGGGUAUCAGCGGAUGAAGGCAAAAUUUCUAUCGGUCACUACUACCCUGUAUUCCGGGACCUGUUCGUGGCCAGACUUCUCAUUGAAGAUUCAAUAAUCCCAUCGUACAUUUCGGAAUUGAGAGAAACAGUGGACAGAAAUGAUUCCAGCCUCGAUGAUCUUCUGUCGGUCAUGCACAAAAUAAAAGAUCUUCUACUGUCGCCAUCUGAUAUUUCUUCACUGCUUCGCAUCAAGUUUCUACCAAUUGCUGGUGCGAACCAGGCUCAUCAUUAUUAUGCCUCGCCAAGAGAUGACUUCUUUAUUGUUGACCGCGAUGGAGGGCCCUGCAAUUUCAGAGGCAUUGUCCCAACCCUUCGGUUUAGCAUCGAUCAGGUUCAACUUAUUCGGUCAUUUCUAUUUCGCCUUGGGUUGAAAGACCGAUUCAUAGCCGCCGGAGGAUUGAAAAGGACCUUUGUUUCGGAAGAACGUAUAAAAGGAUUACCAUAUCUAACUUGCGACUUUCAAGACCGAGCUUCCGCGUUGUGCAGAUGCGCUAUGUUCUACGCCGGCGCCAAGGCCGAGCAGCAACAGGAACUAUACGACGUCUUCCGAGCAUCAUUGAUUUACGAGAGCCCUGAUAUCAUAGCCAGAUACAUCAUCCCGACAGCUGAUGGAUCUACGAAGUCUAUCUAUAUACCUGCCAGGCUCCAUGUGCAAUACGAGAACGGCGAGCUCCAGCUCGUUGUUCCAACUGACAUAACCGAAAGGCAAAUUUGCUUCGCAACGCAAUUACCCGAGGCAUUGGCUUGUUUGUUUUCCACAAAUAGCCCAGAGGCACGACGGACAUUCACCACUGUUCUUGGAGAGCCAAUUGACGCCCUGGACGAUAUUUUGGAUAGUUACGGCAUUCCAGAGCUUUCGGAAGUAUACAUAGAUGCCGCAGUCUCUCGAGAGCCUGAAGUUAGCAAGGAAGAGCCAGCUGGAACGGGUUCUAGUCGAGAUACUACUCUAACCGACGAGCUCAACGAUCUGGUGGUUCUUAUGAACUUGGACACGGAUCCUGAAGAUUCUUUCGAGUCUGAUUAG